AGACAGACACAGACAGACAGACAGCACCAGGCAAAGCAAGGCACAAGGUAAAGCAGCCAAGCGUUAUGGACAUGGAGCUCAAGAGAUCUCUCUCUGCCUCAGUCGACAGUGAGAGAGCAGUGAAAAGCUAUGGGGCUGUGAGAGAAACCAGGUGGAGCAAUGAGACCCUGGACAAAGAUCAGCUUGACGUCAUCUCAAUGGCUGAUACCACCAUCACUCCCGAAGAAAUUGAAGCCGAGAUGUCACGAAUCCAACGUCUGCGGGAGGUGCUGGUCAGGAGAGAGUCAGAGCUCAGAUUUAUGAUGGAUGACAUCCAGCUGUGCAAGGACAUUAUGGAUCUGAAGCAGGAGCUCCAGAAAUUAGUAUCAAUACCAGAAAAGGAAAAGACCAGUGAGGACAAGAAAACUGAAGACAAACUGAUCCACAAAAUCCAGAAAUUGGUGGAGAAAAGGGACUUUCUGGUGGAAGAUGCAGAAGUGGAGAGGUUAAGAGAACGGGAAGAAGACAAGGAAAUGGACGAAUUUCUUCAGAGCAAGUUAAGGCCAUUAGGAAACAUAGUUAAAACACCUAUAGAAACUCCGAAAGAGAAGACGGUAGCUUCCGAAACUCCGCCAAACAAACCAACCGUGACCAAGGCUGGAAUUGCAUUAAUAAAGGACUGCUGUGGAAGCAUGCAGUGCAGCGUUAUGUAAUUCUCAUCAGUCGCAUUUUUACUCUCACCUCCUGUGAGCGUUUGUAAAUGAAAAUUGUAGUCAGAAUGGAUCAGACACACCUGGAUGGUAAACAAGGCCAACCAGGCUACAACUAAACCACACCGUCCAGUGUUGAAGUGAACCUUUCCUGCCUGCAUAGAUCACAAGCGCCGCAUGCUGCAAAGGAAAGUGCAUCACAAUUUCCCUCACUGUUUAGAACAAGAUGUUUUUGUACCCGGCACGUGUGAUAAAGUAGUUUGAUCAGUGUUCCAAAGUUCACUUAAAUUUUCUGUGCGCAGAUGUUCCAACAAGGACCCCCCCCCACCCCAAAGGGACAGCGAUCCAAGGUUGCGCUAUUCUGAUCUGUGAAGUAUUUCACGUGCAGCUUCAGGGACACUGUUACAACAGCACACAGUUUUAACCUAUAAAGAAGGCAACCACUAAACUCCUCAAGUUCUUAAGUGUAAUGUGAGCUGUCCUCUAGACAAACAUGUCCACAGACAGAUUAAUGUACGAUCAUCUUACUGUACUGAGUUAGAAGUUCCAAACUAGAUUGUUCAUGUAUUAUGGUUAAACGUUGGGUUGUAGGUGAAGAUAAUAUUUCUGGUCUGACAUACCAUAAGUUAGUUUGUUAGUAAUCAUGUUGCACUUGGAUCAGGGUUUAAAUUCCCCAAGUAUAAAAGUUGCAUUUGUGUAUUUAUUAAUAAAAUGUAUAAAAACAAUAUGCUGAUAUUUUAUAAUCUUUCUCUGCGUCGGUGUUAUUGAUCAUGUUCCUUCCAUUAGUUCCCUUAACCAGACAUCAGAGGAUAGUCUUGACUGUUGAAACACGACAAUAACUGGACAGUGGUCACAAGCUACCGCAAAGUUUUAAUGAAAAGGUUCUGAACAAACUACUUUUUCUUGGGAGUCAGAUUAAUUUCCCAAAUGAAUGCUAUGGAAGGAAAGAGUGUGUUUAAGGCACUUGCUCCGUCUUUCUUCUGACUGAAGAUCGCUAAAUAUUUUGCA